AUGCCCCCCCUCCAAUCGCCCGACUUCGACCUGGGCAAGUGCCUCAAGGGCGAGCAGCAGCUCGUCACCUGGGACGUCGCAUAUCGCGCCCUCUGCGACCCCGAAACCGCGUCCAAGAGCGACGCCCUACGCGCCUUUCUCACCGCCAAGGAAAACGUCGACACCCUUAGCCAUCCAUGGACGCCCUUCGCAGACCCAUCGUCGCAGGAAAAGACAAAGUUCGAAACCAAGACGGCGCCCAUCAGCGUCACGCCGGCCCAGAGCGAGCACUAUGACGUAGAGGAGAUCAAGGAAGACAGCCUGUGGCUCUCAAAAGAGGCGCAAAUAUCCGAGUACGCAGCCUUGCAGCUCGUGGUGCAGGAAUGGCAAGGCAGGCCCGCGGCUCAGCUGCUGAGUGGCUUGACUGAGGAGGAGACGCUCAGCGUGCAAGAUGCUGCCGGAAUCGCCAACCUGGGCGCCUCUACCUUCGUCCCCAACUCGUCCAUCCUCGCAACACCGCUCGCCUCGCGAACCGCCCAUCUCGACAACAAGAACCAGCGCCGCCUGCAUAUCCUCGAUGUCUACCACUCGGCGUGCGCCUCCAUCAUACGCAUAAGCCAGCUGCUUGUCUCGUGGGGCUGCGCCUCCAGUCUGCGCAACCAAACCAUAUACGGGACCGAGUACCUCAGCAUUGGUGCCGGAUGGAUCGAAGAGCUUGGUCAGACUAUCGCUGCGGCGCAGGACGGGCCUGCGGGCGGCAAAGCGCUAGAUGAGUGCCUGAAGGCCUUUACAAAGAGAUGCGACGCUCUCGAUACUGGCUAUGCAUGGAAUGUCGACGAUUCGAUACUGGAAGCCGCAUCCGAGAAGUGGGUUGUCGCUCAAACCACCGAGUUGCUGCACAUUCUUCAUUUGGCCCUGGUACAUGCCGACCUGGUCGCCAAAGACUUUCUCCCGGCGGCCACCAUCGAAGACUGGCUCAAGGCAUUCAGUUUCCGCAGCUUCUUCCGCGAGUUCCCCGCAGUCACAGUCCGCCAGGAGCCUCUCAUCCCGGUCAUACAACUCCUGACUUCACUCAUGUCCCUGACCAUCUUGAAGGUAGAUAGGAUCAUGGACGAUCUCGAGUCUGGCGACUGCAACACCUGGCACUCUUCGUCGUACAUUUUGAACACUACCGUAGUGGAGAGCAUCACCACCAUAUUUGGGGAAGCAAAGAUACUGGGUGCUAGUCCUGCCACACCGCCCAUGUUCGCCUGGGCCAUCAUCACGUGGAAGCUCACGAGCCGCGCAACCUACGAGGAGCAAGAACGCGAGCGCCUCCUUGAAGCAUCAAACGCUCCGGGAAACACAGAGCCGGAACCCUCAUCGCUCGAGGAGGCGGCUUUGGUUAUCUCAAAACUUGAGAGCCAUGAGCUAUUCGACGGGAAGAUGCCAUAUGAGGAGCUGGCGACCGCUAGUUCAGCAGUAGGUGUUCUAGCUAUCAUCAACCAACUCGUCGAAACUUGUCUCCCCGCAUUCGGGACAUCCAUCGAUCGGAUAUCGCAAGACCGGGUUCGGCUGCUAUUCCUUCACCUUGUCCGCGCUGCCGUUGGGAGCGACAUUGUUGCGUACAGUCCAGACCUCAUUGUCACUACCUACACUAUUCUGGCUGGCGACAAUACGUUCCGCAGGUGGGAGAAUGGAGAGUUGGCCCGUCACGCUGAUCCGAUUGUUGCAUACUUCCUGGAGGACGAAUAUGUUCUGAGACCGCUCCUGCUGAACGAAGCCCGCCUACGCUAUCCCUACGAGAUGACACCGUUCUUGAAGUUUUGCAGCGCUUUGACUCGUGGAGACAGGACGAUGCAGAACGGAAUGCCUUCAUUCAUUGACAAGCUGGCGAACCAUAAUCGAUUAAUGCAACGACUUCCAGACGGCUUCCGCGAUUACCAGUUGACGCGCGAGGAGGAGAACGCCAAUUGGGUUGAGCUUACAGCUGAUCUUCCCCUAUUCUCUUCUGCAGGUUCAUCAGUCUUCCGCGGCCAACGUCGCUUAAUGGCCUCGGGCACUUCGACACAGGCGGAUGGCUUUUCUACCAUCCCGGCUGGCACAGAGGGCAUCAUAGUCGACGACAACUCUCAGCCAUAUGUGGCAGUCUGGCAUCAUCAACAUUCCACCUUGUCAUACCUCGUCGAACUACUCUCAACAUAUCCCGUAGGAAGCAGCAAAGUCGAAACUGCUACUCAGCAACCCGCGUCUCGUGAAAGUGUCGUUGAAGUCAUUGGGCUUUUCGCCGACCUGAUACACUCAUCUUUGCACUCGUCCGAAGGUAUCUGCUCGCCUGAGCUUUUAGAGGCACUCGGCAUCGGGGCUGAGAGCAGUCUGGACACUGUGAACAUUGUGCUCGCAAUCCUCGAAGAAGAGCUCCUCUACCUCUGCCAGGAACCAAGCAACGAAGCAUCUUUGGAGCUACUGGUCAACUGCACCCAUUUCUUGGAAGCCUUGAUCAUUGUCUCCCCACAGAGAGUGUGGCCAUGGCUUGCGAGGAGUAGAUUGUUGGAGGGUGAUGGCAACGGAAGCUUGGCAACCAUUUUAAUCGGCACUGAAAUGGUUCUUGGGCGAUACGACUUCCUCCUUGGAUGCAUCCGACUCUACAAGGGGCUCGUCAGGGAUGCUGUCGAACGAUCUGUGUCCCGCAAAGUUCCCACAAAGGCACUCAGUCGGUUCAAUGCAUCUGCUCCCGCUGAAAGCGGCACUUCGGACAAGGUCAUGAGCACCAUUUUGUUCACAUUCGGUCGAACACUCGCCAGCAUAUACGAGAGCUCCCUGAGCUGGAAGUACACACAGCCCGACCAUCGCGCCGAGAUCAACAUUGCCAUUUGUGAAGUUUUUACCACAAUAUUGAGUCUUGCAUACAGCGUAGACGAUGCACCAAAGCUGUCCACCAAGCUCACCAAGUCCAUUGCACCUAUUGCUGAGUAUCUCACUCAACUAUAUCUUGCUCCCUCGGACACCGAUAUGCCCACGAACCCGCUAAUGACGUCUUUGAUCAUCGGGGUCAGCCCCAACGAUAACACAUUGCUCACAACAUCGGGUGCACUAUGGACUCAACAAACCCAAAGUACACUGGCGUUCGCCGAUUUGCUUGUUCGAGUUGCUAUGCUACUCAACAAACCCUGGACUCAUCUGGAACAACAACUCUUCAAAGCUACACCGUUAUUAGCCCGACUGUACGCCACAAGUGACAAGUGGAAGUCUCAGGUGGUACUGUUGUUGGAGGCUUUGGUCCGUGGCGCUGUCCGUGUUACUAUACAAGAAGAGACGGAAACAGUCGAAGGAGACGCAAAACAGACUACGCGGAAGAAGAGUGAGCAGCGAGAACCACCUUCGCUCCUCGGCCAUCUUGGACCCCGGACAGCGAAGAACUUUCUGAGCGUGCUUUCUCAACUGGAUGAGCCACUGAAGAUAGUGGACAUCCAAAGAAACGUAUGGAACCUGCUUUCGGCUGUAGUAACCUGCAAACAGCAAUGGUUCUCUCUCUAUCUGCUUACUGGGAACACUCCACGAGAGUCGAUUCGAACCAAGAAGAAUGCGGCGCCAGACUCGCGAAACAAGGCUCUACUCACACGAGCUUUUGAUGCGCUGUCUAGCAUGACCCUACCGGAGAAGGAACCUGCUGGCAUCUCAUGGCCACUAUUCAGUGCAAUGCUCGAGUUCGUCUCGUCCGCGCAAAAUAACUGGUCUUGGGCAAUGGGCGAUCUACGACAACGUAAAGACCUUAUUCAGAAACUGCUCACAUUCCUGAAGUGGAUGGCAAAGCAGUCCAAGCAGCCGCGAAUGAGCAGCAAUGAAGAGACUCUGGAACGCUCGUUUCAGAACAAAUUCGCAUCCUUGGCUUGCGAGGUCAUUGCCAUGUACCUUCACAGCUCGCGCCAAGUAGGCGAUGUCACUGUGCUGAAAGAUAUCGUCCCCAGCUUGACGUACUUGGAAGAAAAUGCCUUGGACCUACCAUCUUACAGCACGUCACUACACGGAUAUUUGAAGCAGAACCUGGAGAAACAGUACCCCGGUGUCUCCCUAGCAAACCUCAAGCGGACCACUUUAUACCCCGAAAACUUUGGACGAGCAUUCUUCUACGAUAUCGACCUUGCUCAGCAACUCCUGGGUUUUAACAGCAAAUGGGCUGGCCCCAAGGAAGGCACAGGUUUCGCAUCGGAAGUCGAGAAGGCCAACUACAACCUGGGACUGGUAGAAUCUCAAGUCUUACUACUCCAAGGUUGGAAAUUGUUGACUCUGGAGCUUAGCCAAGUCGUGGCCAAGGAUGAGCGAAUCGUCAAGGUACUCGUCGGUGUCGUUCAAAAAUGCAUGACCGCCAACACCCAGUCAAAUCUACCAGAGGCCUUGUUCGGCCAGCUCAUGGUCUUGCGAGCAGACCUGGCAUUUGCUCUGCUUAAGAAGCUUGUAGAGGCCAAGGUUCGGACUACAGAAGCGCGUCAAUUACUCGCCCCGAUAUGGAGCGCCAUCCGCGCUUCAACUCCGGACUUUGAUAAUGCCUUCUCUACAGAUGCAGUCCAUUACUACCGCUCCUUGCUACGCAUCCUCUACCUCGCUCUUCAUUUCCAUCUCAUUGAGGAAACCGAUCAGUCUGAGGAUGCCUCGUUCCGCUCGAGCUUCCGUGGCACCAUGCCAGCCAGCCAUAACAACUACACCGAGCCCAUCUCGACGCAGCUCCUCGAGAUUCUAACCGACACGGUAGCCAAAGGCUUCCGUGGCUUGGCCACGCAACUGCACGCCGAGCCCUUGUCUGUCUUGCCAUCUGACUUUGCUCUCCUCACUGCGCUGCUGCAGCGCAUCAUUGCCAUACCAGAAAUGUCCAAAUGGCAACACCAAGCAGCGCUUCUUUUUGCAAAUAACAACACAGUGCGAUACGCCACUAGCCUGUUCUCCUGGGCCGAUCGCCUGGCAAUAUCACACAACGGCGUGGAGGAUCCCAUUUACGGCGAGCUAAGCAUCCUCUUCCUGCUCUCCCUCUCGAGCAUCCAAGCUUUAGCUGAAACCAUGGCCGUUGAAGGCAUUCUCAGCCAGCUCAACACGGCAAACAUCAUGAACUACUACCGUCGCAUCAACGGUACCGGCCCCUUUGACAACCCCAGCCGCAUGUAUUCGAUCUGGACAAAGGGUAUCCUUCCCCUGUGCCUCAACCUCCUCCUAUCCGUCGGUCCUCCAAUCGCCGCCGAAAUCUCGUCUUUCCUCAACCAAUUCCCCGAACAACUCGCCCGCUCCACAGCAAGCAUCAACUCCAACUCUUCGUCGCGGCACUCGGCCACCAAAAUCACUCUCUCCAUUGCCUCUGAAACCCACAGUCUUGCCCUCAUCGCCGCCAUCCUCGAAAACGUGCGCAAGCAAGGCCCCAAGCUGGGUAUCCAGGCCAACGAAGUCGCCCCCCUGGACUGGGAAAAGGAUACUGUCAAGGAAGACGUCGAGAGCUGGUUAAGCCGCAAGAGCGCACUCAGAGAACGCAUUGUGGCUGUUGACGAGCGGGAACUGGAUAUGCUGAAUAGAAUUAAAGGAAAGGGCGAAGAUGCACUGAGCGAACUCGAGGAGAGAGUUGUGGCUGAGCUGGAAGAUGCAAGGACGUGUUUGACGCCGGGUAAUGGUGGUGCUGCUGGUGCAAAUGGGAAUGGGAAUGGGGAUAGUAUGAGGAAGUAGAAAGUG